AUCCCAUCUUCCUCAGCCAUCGCGUUCUUUGUAUUUAGGGUUUUAGAAUCAAAAGCUUUUAGGUUUUCUCAGAUUUGAGGGUUUUAGCAACUGAACAAAAAUCCAAUCUUUCUCUUUUUUUCUCUCUCAAUGGAUCCUUCACAAGUCCAAUCUGCUGAAUUUGCUCAAUUUCUCGCUCAAGAAGAGCAAAGAGCCAAGGUUGGUGAGAUGGUGAUAAAGAUCACAAAUGUCUGCUGGGACAAAUGCAUCACUGGUACACCAGGGAGCAAGUUCAGUUCCAGUGAAUCUAGUUGCCUUUCAAACUGUGCUCGGCGUUAUAUGGAUAUGAGCCUCCUUAUUGUGAAACGCGUCCAGAACAUGCAGUGAAGGUCUAGGAGCAUUGAUGUGCUAUCUCAAUCACAAGAUGUUGUUUUUGCCUAUGUCCUCAGUUAAAUUUUGUUGAAGAUGUUUUAUUUUCCUCUUAUUUUUUCUUCUUUUUUUGGAAGUAGAUCUCUUUCCGUGUUAUUGAAACUAUUUUAUUAAAAUGUUAUAUGGAUAUGAGCCUCCUUAUUGUGAAAUGCGUCCAGAACAUGCAGUGAAGGUCUAGGAGCAUUGAUGUGCUAUCUCAAUCACAAGAUGUUGUUUUUGCCUAUGUCCUCAGUUAAAUUUUGUUGAAGAUGUUUUAUUU